AUGGGCGGGUCGGGCCAAAAAAAAGCGAAAAAAGGCGAAAAAAAAAGCGAAAAAAGGCGAAAAAAGGCGAAAAAAAAAGCGAAAAAAAAAGCGAAAAAAGGCGAAAAAAAAAGCGAAAAAAGGCGAAAAAAAAAGCGAAAAAAAAAGCGAAAAAAGGCGAAAAAAAAAGCGAAAAAAAUGGAAAAGACGUCAAAAAAAUGUGGAAAAAAAGUGGAAAAAAUAAACGCCGAAAAAAGGUGGAAAAACAGGGCGUAA